AUGCCCGCCGGAGGUCGCGGGGCAGGGGAUGGCGGAGUAGGAGCCCAAGACCGCACCACCCUGAGGGCAAACGGCGGCGGCGGACCCGGCGGCGGCGGGGGGAGGUUGGCAGGCGCCGACGGGGGCCGGGAAGAGGAAGGUCGCGCCAGCGGGGCUGGAGCAGGGGCGUCCCGCGGCGCGCGGCCUUCCAGCGGUGAGGAGCUCCGCCUUAUCUUGCAGUCCCGGGCGAUGUGCCCGAUACCAUUGCAGCGAACGCAGAGCGUCUCAUUGGUGCAGUCGCGUGAGAUGUGCUUCUCACUUCCACAGUUGUAA